GGUCGGGGAUGCCCGGAUGCCUUGUCUGUGGGGAACUGGGGGGGGUGGGGGAGGGGGGUGGUCCUGUGCUCAGCGGGGUCGGGGGUCUCUGACCCCUCUCCCCUCCCCCCCCAGGGAGGACGUGCUGCGCCCCUUGGAGGAGGAGGAGGAGGGGCCGGGGACCCCCACGCCCCCCCCGCAGCCGCCCCCCCUACGCCGCAAGUCCUCGGCCAACUACCGGGCGUACGCCGUGGAGCCCCACGCCAAGCGGAAACCCAAGAUCUCGGCGUCCCGAAAGCUCCAGCUGAAGACGCUGCUGCUGCAGAGGGCGAAGCGGGAGCUGGAGCGGGAGGAGCAGGAGCGGGCGGGGGAGAAGCAGCGGCACCUGGGGGAGCUGUGCCCCCCCCUCGCGCUCGAGGGGCUCGACCUCCCCCAGCUCCAGGAGCUGUGCCGGGAGCUGCACGCCCGCGUGGGGCGCGUGGACGAGGAGCGCUAUGACAUGGGCACCCGCGUCAGCAAGAACGUGGCCGAGGCGGAGGAGCUGCGGCGGCGCGUGGCCGGCGGCCGGUUCGUGCGGCCGGCCCUGCGGCGCGUGCGGCUCUCGGCCGACGCCAUGAUGGCGGCGCUGCUGGGCUCCAAGCACCGGGUGGGCACCGACCUGCGGGCGGGGCUGCGGCAAGUGCGCAAGGACGACGCCGAGAAGGAGAGCCGGGAGGUCGGGGACUGGCGGAAGAACGUGGACGCGCUGAGCGGGAUGGAGGGGCGCAAAGAAGAAGUUCGAAGCCCCAGGGGGGGGCCCCGGCCUGAGGGCGGAGCCAGCCCGGGACCCCCCGAGGGACCCCCGGCACCAUCAUCACCGUCACCAUCAUCAUCGUCACCAUCACGGCUUCCAGCACCCUGAUUCCACCACCCACCCCACCCCCCACCCCAC